AUGGCGGGCGUGGGCGAGGAGGCUGCUGAGGCGGCUCCCGGCGGCGGCGGCGGCGAGCAGUGGGCCGUGACCACGGUCGCUGGCGCGGCGGACGAGUUCGAGCGGCGCGUGAACGCUUCCCUGCCGCAGCACAGCCAGAGCCUGCAGGCGGUGCUGCGGCGCCUGCUCGCGGUGCGCUCUGGGGCGUCGGGCUGCUCCGCAGGUUGCUCGCCGCAGGCGGCCGCCGGACUCGCGCGGGAGGUGGCUGCGCUCGCGGGCCAGGCGGGCUCCUCGGACUGCAUCGAGAGGCGCCUUCACGUGGCCAUGCAGCUGCACGGCAUCGGCAGCUCCGAAGAGUGGUGGGAGGGCCGCGCGUGGCGGUCGCUGCGCGCCCCGCUGCUCGAGUGCGGGCUCAGCUACGCGCUGCAGCUGCAGGACAUGCUGUCCGAGGAGCGGUGCGAGGCGCUCCGCAGAGUGGUGGCGGCCAAGUCGUCGGAGCGCAUCGAUCGCCGCUUCGCAGGGCACGGCUGCAAGCCCUGGCACGACCCGCACGAGGAGUGGCGCCUGCAGCUGGACGACUGGAAGGGCCUGCUCGCGCCGUACCCGUGGAGCCGUGCGCGGCCGCAGGUGAUGAGCCGGGCGCUCGCCGCCGCGGAUCUCCGGGAGCCGCUCACGCAGCACGAGCGGCUCGUGCGCUCCUACGAGCUCCUGCGCUGCCUGGGCGGCGCGCUCUUGGACGGCGGCGCCGGCCUGCCGCAGGCGGAGCGGCUGCGCGUGCACGGGCUCCAGUUCGGCUGCUGGCGGCAGGGAGAGGUCAGCGAGGAGACCAUCGCCACGCACCUCUGCAGCGCCGCCCGCGCUCGCGCCGCGAGCGAUGAGCGCGAGCCUGAGCCUCCCGAGGAGGCCGUAGCGCAGCUGGGCUUCCGGCCCGCGGCGCUGCGGGAGGGCCAGCCCCCCCGCCGCGUGCUGGCGCGGCUGGCGGAGCGGCUGCUGGCGCAGGUGGAGCCAGAGCUGCGGGCGUUCUGCGAGCAGAGGGGGCUCCGCGGCGUGCUGCAGGGCUUCGAGGUGCUGGCGGAGGCAGUGCAGGAUACCCUGGAACACGCGAUGGGCGACGGGGAGUUGCUGGAGCCGGCCGAGCGAGUCCGGGAUUUCCUGCUGGCUGUCUCGGAGGACUACCUCCGCCGAGCGCGCGCGUCCGGGGCCGUGAAGUCGGUGGACUUCGCGCUGCUGGCCGAGGGCGACCCGCGCGUGGAGCUGCUGCUCCGCCUCGAGCAGCAGGCCGAGGCGCGCAGGCUCCUGGACGACAUGGCCCUGGGGGAGCUGCAGGAGCUGCUGUGCCGCAUCCAGGAGGCGUUCCAGGCCGUGCACGGCCCGGGGUGCCUGCCGCCCAGCCUGGAGCUCUGGGCCUCGCGGCUGCAGCGGCCCGGGGACCCGCUCGUGGCCCUCCACCCGAGCGAGGUCGGGGAGCUGAGCGCGGCGCUGCAGGUGCAGGUGUACGGUCCCAGGCACGGGACGUCGUGCCUGUUCCCCAAUUGCGUGUGCCGUGAAGCUCUCCAGCAGCUCCUCUACAGAGGCGGGCUGCAGCUUGCCCAGGCCGGCGUGAAGUGCGUGCAGACGUUCCGCGCCUGCUCGGACAGGAGCUACGCCGACACCGCCAUGGACCGCGACCCCGCGGGCGGCGCCGUGCUCUUCGGGGAGCCCGAGGGCGUGGGGCGCCCCACGAGCAGCCGGCACGCGGUGCUGACCUUCUACGGCGAGGACGUCCCGCUCUAUUUCGUCGCCCUGGACGGGGAGAGGCUGAAGAUCACCUACUCGGCCUCGGAGGGGCUCUGCCUCGGCUACCUCAUCCACAAGAACGUGUUCGCCGACCUGCUCGAGGACGCCGGGCGCUGCGGCGACGCGGGCGGGCGCCCCGAGGCCGUGCGCACGCUCCGCGCCCAGCUGCUCGCGUGGGCCGCCGACGUGCUCCGCUCGCCGCUGCCCCCGGAGGCCACGGCCUGGAUACUGCGCUGCUGCGAGAGGAUGGGCAUGAUGGCCGUCGCACCGCACCAGGACGCCAGGUGCGUGAAUCUGGCUGUGAUUGCGCACUGCCUCUGCCGCUGCUGCCCCUCCGGCACGGAGGCCGCGCUCUUUCUGCGGAGCGUGCUGGCGAACGCCUGGCACGUGCCGGUGGAGGUCCGCGGCUACAUCGAGCGCAAGAGCGACAUGUACGGUCUCUACAUCGUGUGCCCAGGCACGGCGCAGAUCAUGCAGGAUCUCGGUUUGCACGUCGCGGUGCUGGACUUCGAGUGCAGGGUGUGGCAGCGCAGCGUCGACAAUACAGGGGCGCACGGUGGCGGAUACCUCGGGAUCAUCGCACAAUUUUCGAAUUACUGCUGUUUCGCUUACGUCAAAGGGCUCCGCAAGAUAGACGACAUCCUCCUCAAAUGGCUUGCAGAGUACACGCGCUUGCAUCCCUGGCGCUUCGUAUUCUUGGAGGGCGUCGACACGUCGUUCAACUUUCCAGAGAACAGGGAUCGCUGCAACUUCCACUUUGCGCCCCCGAACCCACUGCACACCAUCAAGACCGUCGAAGAUCUGCACUCGCCCGCCGUCGAGGAGAUCCGCCCGACCCACACAGUCCCUUACCCCGAGCGCCUGCAGCCCUCGCCCGAAGACAUCCAGGACCCGCGGCGGCUCUUCCAGUUUUUUCAGAGGCACUUCGCGCCAGAGGUCUCAGACGGCGAUCCAGGCCUCUUCUCCCACACGCCCGCCAAAUCGUCGUUCUCCCCGGACUUCCGCGAUGAGCUCGAGCGCCACGUCUUCGGCGCCGACCCCUGCCUCGUGCUGCUCGUGUCGGCGCCAGGGGCGGGCAAGACGCACCACAUGGGGGCCAUCCGAGGGAGGCUCGAGGGCGAGAUGCAGUUCGACAUACACGAGUUCGAUGGCUCGUCCGACAUCCUGGUCACGACCGCCCUGGCGGAGGUCCUGCAGCGCACCGUCGCCGCGCAGGGCAGGCGGGGGCAGCGGCUGCUCAUUCUCGACGAGUACCACAUGCUGAGCGACGACCACAAGGACGAGCUCUUCGAGUGGGUCCGGGCGAAGCUCGGGCCCACCCUGCGCGUGGUGCUCAUCGGCAACCGCAUCGACUCCAAGGACCGCGAGCGCCUGGAGCAGUCCCGGCCAACGCCCGGUGCGCCGCCCGUGCAGGUGGCCCUGAUCCAGACCCGGCUGUCGCGCUCCCGCAUCGAGAGCGUGCUGGAGGCCAGGGGCAACUCGGAGAAGCACCGGGGCGCUGUCUGCGACUGGCUCGUGGGCUGCCGGCUGGUCUUCGGGGAGGAGUCCGCCAGCCUCCGCCUGUGCGACGCGCUGGACCAGGCGCUGCAGCGGCCAGGCCCGCCCCUCCUCACUUCCCCCCUGGGCUCGCCGCCGACAUCCUGCUGCAUCGCGUGCCGACCAUCUCGCAGCCCACCGCGGCCGAGUUCGUCGCCGCCUACCUGCGGCACACCGGCCGGCAAAGCCAGGGCGCCCCCCACGCGGCGGCCGGGCUCGUGGACCUGUGCUUCCGGGCGGCGAUGCUGGACCGGGCCCAGGACGAGCUGGCGAGCUUCGUGGAGUUCUUGGAGCGCACCCCGCGCGCCCAGGAGGCGCCGCCGCCGCUGCGCCUCCUGGCGUGGUGCGUCUACGCGAUGGGCGCGCGCGGCAGCUGGGACCUCAACCUCUCGAGCGCCUGGGCGAGGCGCCGCCAGUGCGUGGACCAGGUGA